AUGAUUUACAGAAUUAGAUAUUUAUCCACUCCAUUCAAAGUAAUCCAACGGUUUCAGUCAGCUGUUCAUGAACGGCGCUUUGUAUCAUCUGUUAGUAAUUACGCCGAGUCACCAGCAAAGUUAACGCAAAGUUAUUAUCAUCACGCCUCAUCGGUGCCUUAUCGCUAUCGAACCGUUGGUCAACAACUGGAUCAUUUAACGUUAAUUCAACCAACAUUUGAAUGUUACGUGUUUCAAGGCGAGAAUAAACGAUAUACACUUAAAACACUGAAAGAUGAAAUCGACAGUAUAGCAGUAUCAUUAUUAGAACUCGGUUUCGAGAAGAAUGAUCGAUUAGCUGUUUGGUUACCAAAUACAUCCGAAAACGUUUCAAUGACUUAUGCAUGUUCAAAAUUAGGCGUUAUUAAAGUAAAUAUUAAUCCUGCUUACCAGGAUCGUGAGUUGUCCUAUUGUUUGAAUAAAGUUGGAUGUAAAGGGCUUGUUAUGCAACCAAAAGUCAAGUCAAUUGAUAGUUUAAAUAUUCUAAAACGAAUUAUACCUGAACUCGAACAUCAGUCAGGUGAUUUAAAUUCAAAAUUGAUACCAUCAUUAAAACAUGUCAUUAUAACUGGUGACUCAACGCCUGUAUCUGGUACACAUUCUUACAAUUAUUUAUUGAAUCGUGGUGCAAAUAAAAGGCAAAACGAAUUAUUCGAACGCCAAAACUUUCUCGAUCCCGAUACACCAUUAGCAAUUUAUUUUACAUCAGGUACAACUGGUUCGCCGAAAGCAGCAAUAUUAACUAAUUUUAAUAUGGCGAAUAAUGGUCGAGUAUUUAAGUUACUAUAUUCGGAUUAUUUUGAGAAACUUUGUUGUCCAAUACCUCUAUUCCAUGUAUUUGGUGAAGUAUGUGGUACAUUGAAUAGUAUCACGAACGGAUUUUCUACCAUCUUUCCCUCUAUGUUGCCUGAUACUGUAGCCACAAUGAAGGCAAUCGAACAAGAACGAUGUACAUGUUUAAUAGGUGCACCUAUUAUCUUUCAGAAUAUACUAACGCAUGUUGAUCGCAAAAAGUACGAUAUGAGCUCGUUGCUUUUCGGAAUUGUUGGUGCUGCUCCUGUGUCUUUACAAUUGUUAGAGACAAUCGAAAGAGAAAUACCAAUUAAAUACAUAUCACAGGGCUACGGAAUGACAGAAAACGCGGCAGCUUUAACGAUGAGUGUAUUUGCUAACGAGGAUAAACAAAGAAGACAUGGUUCUGUCGGUAAAGCAAUGCCACGUCUCGAAGUGAAAUUAGUGAAUAAAAACGGUGAAACGGUGCCAAUUGGUGAAGUAGGUGAAAUAUGGGCACGUGGUUAUAAUGUAAUGAAAGGUUAUUGGAAUGAUCCGGAUAAAACACGUGAAACAAUAACAAAUGAAAAUUGGUUGAAAACAGGUGAUGUUGCCACGAUGGAUGACGAGGGUUAUUUAUAUUUUCACUCUCGACAAAAAGAAAUGGUUAUUAUUGGUGGUUUGAAUGUUUAUCCAGUGGAAAUUGAACAUACUCUUGUUGAACAUCCCCAAAUAGCCGACGCACAAGUAUUUGGUAUCCCUGAUGUGAAAUAUGGUGAAGUAUUGUGUGCAUGGAUCAAGUUAAAAGAGCAUGAACAUGGUGAUAUACAAGAAAUUAAAGAUUUUCUUAGCAAACGUCUUGCCUUUUAUAAAAUUCCAAAGCAUAUCAAGAUUGUCGAGUCGUUUAUCGAAUAUAUGACACCAACGGGAAAAGUUCAAAAGUCCAAGUUAAUCGAGAUAGCAAAAGAAUUGAACAAAAUAUAA